CAUCACAGCCGCCUCUCAAAGAUCUCCAUAAUUUAUUGCUUUAAUAGCUCGGCAGGCGGCAGCCACUUAACUCUCACAUAUUCCUCUUUAAAAAGUCGUUCCUCUCGUCUUCCUCCUCUAAUAUUUUCCAAUGGAGAAUUUUGCAUCAUUUUUUCCGCUUUCAUCUUCAGCAGCAGCAGAAACAACCAUGUCAUUGAACGUGGGUAGUUCUCAAGGUUUUACAGACUACUUCCAAGUUAACAAGGAAAAUGGGUUCUUGGGCUUGAUCCAGGAGAUGGAGGAUCAUCAACAUCAUCAUCAUCAUCAUGUGAUGGGUGGUUUCAAUGGUAACAAUAGCAACAAUUAUAUCAACUUGUCUUCUCAGAAUAAAAGCUUUGGUGGGUCUGAAAAUGAAGAGAAAUUAUUGGGGAAGAAGAAGGGAUCGGAGAAGAAAAUAAGAAAGCCUAGAUAUGCCUUUCAAACAAGGAGCAGAGUUGAUAUUCUUGAUGAUGGGUACAGAUGGAGAAAGUAUGGCCAGAAGGCUGUCAAGAACAAUAAGUUUCCAAGAAGCUAUUACCGGUGUACUCAUCAAGGGUGCAAUGUCAAAAAGCAAGUUCAAAGAUUGACAAGAGAUGAAGGAAUUGUUGUCACAACCUAUGAAGGAAUGCAUUCUCAUCCAAUUGAAAAAUCUACUGAUAACUUUGAGCACAUCUUGAGCCAAAUGCAAAUCUAUGCACUUCCUUUUAAUUAGUCCCUUAAUCUCCAAUACAAGAAUUAACAUUUAAUAUUAAUUUCUUGUACAUUAAUAAAUUAUGUAAUGCUUUUUUUUGUAUAAUCCUUAGUCCGGGGAUUAGCCGAUUUGAUUAGUGUGUAACUCUAAGAGAUUAAUGACUCAAAAUCCUUUUUGCUUGAAUCCCUUAAACAUUUUUAAUGUGUAUAAUUUUAAUACUCUUUUAUGCAUAAUGCAAACAUUAAUCAUUAACCGAUUUAUCUAA